GCGGCGCUGAGGAGGGGCGGCCUGGCUGGGACGCCUCGCAGCCGGGGCCCAGGAGCGCUGCGGGCCGCGGAGGGAAGCGACUGGCCCGGCGCGCCCGCGGACGAGCCGCGGCGGGAGAGCGGACUCUGCUCGCCACCGCCCGAGCCCAGAUUUACUUAUUUAUCUGAAAGGCAGAGCUGCAGAGAGGCAGAGGCAGAGGCAGAGGCAGAGAUGGAGGCCUUCCAUCCACUGGUUUACUCCCCAACAGCUGCAAUGGCUGGAGCUGGGCCGAUCUGAAGCCAGGAGCCAAGAACUUCUUCUGGCUCUCCCACACAGGUGUGGGACCCCAAGCACCUGGGCUGCCGUCAGCUGCUUUCCCAGGCCAUACCAGAGAGCUGGAUCGAAAGUGGGGCAGCCGAGACUUGACCCGGCGCCUGUAUGGAAUGCCGGCACUGGAGGCGGAAGCCCUGCCUUCUAUACCACAGCACUGGCUCCUUACCCUAUUGCUUUUACAGGUUAUUUCGAACACCACAUGUCUAACAACUUUCCUUGCAACGUUAUCCAAAACGUAUGUUUUUCACUGCCUCCAGAAAAUCAAAAUCGCUCUGGAGAUUGGAGACAUAUUUGAUUUAAAAGAACAAACUUGAACAAAUGGACAAUAUGUCUAUUACGAAUACACCAACAAGUAAUGAUGCCUGUCUAAGCAUUGUACAUAGUUUGAUGUGCCAUAGACAAGGUGGAGAGAGUGAAACAUUUGCAAAAAGAGCAAUUGAAAGUUUGGUAAAGAAGCUGAAGGAGAAAAAAGAUGAAUUAGAUUCUUUAAUAACAGCUAUAACUACAAAUGGAGCUCAUCCUAGUAAAUGUGUUACCAUACAGAGAACGUUGGAUGGACGACUGCAGGUGGCUGGUCGGAAGGGAUUUCCUCAUGUGAUAUAUGCCCGUCUCUGGAGAUGGCCUGAUCUUCACAAAAAUGAACUAAAACAUGUUAAAUAUUGUCAGUAUGCAUUUGACUUAAAAUGUGACAGUGUCUGUGUGAAUCCGUAUCACUAUGAACGAGUUGUCUCACCUGGAAUUGAUCUCUCAGGAUUAACGCUGCAGAGUAAUGCUCCACCAAGCAUGUUGGUAAAGGAUGAAUAUGUUCAUGACUUUGAGGGACAGCCAUCAUUAUCCACUGAAGGACAUUCAAUUCAAACCAUCCAGCAUCCACCAAGUAAUCGCGGAUCAACCGAGACAUACAGCACCCCAGCUCUGUUAGCCCCAUCUGAGUCUAAUGCUGCCGGCACCACCAACUUUCCCAACAUUCCUGUGGCUUCCACAAGUCAGCCUGCCAGUAUACUGGCAGGCAGCCAUAGUGAAGGACUGUUGCAGAUAGCUUCAGGGCCUCAGCCAGGACAGCAGCAGAAUGGAUUUACUGGUCAGCCAGCUACUUACCAUCAUAACAGCACUACUACCUGGACUGGAAGUAGGACUGCACCAUACACACCUAAUUUGCCUCACCACCAAAACGGCCAUCUUCAGCACCACCCGCCUAUGCCGCCCCAUCCCGGACAUUACUGGCCAGUUCACAAUGAGCUUGCAUUCCAGCCUCCCAUAUCCAAUCAUCCUGCUCCUGAAUAUUGGUGUUCCAUUGCUUAUUUUGAAAUGGAUGUUCAGGUAGGAGAGACAUUUAAGGUUCCUUCAAGCUGCCCUAUUGUUACUGUUGAUGGAUACGUGGACCCUUCAGGAGGAGAUCGCUUUUGCUUGGGUCAACUCUCCAAUGUCCACAGGACAGAAGCCAUUGAGAGAGCAAGGUUACACAUAGGCAAAGGUGUGCAGUUGGAAUGUAAAGGUGAAGGUGACGUUUGGGUCAGGUGCCUUAGCGACCAUGCGGUCUUUGUACAGAGUUACUACCUAGACAGAGAAGCUGGGCGUGCACCUGGAGAUGCUGUUCAUAAGAUCUACCCAAGUGCAUAUAUAAAGGUCUUUGAUUUACGUCAGUGUCAUCGACAGAUGCAGCAGCAAGCAGCCACUGCACAAGCUGCAGCAGCUGCCCAGGCAGCAGCUGUGGCAGGAAACAUCCCUGGCCCAGGAUCAGUAGGUGGAAUAGCUCCAGCUAUCAGUCUGUCAGCUGCUGCUGGAAUCGGUGUUGAUGACCUUCGUCGUUUAUGCAUACUCAGGAUGAGUUUUGUGAAAGGCUGGGGACCGGAUUACCCACGACAAAGUAUCAAAGAAACGCCUUGCUGGAUUGAGAUUCACUUGCACAGGGCUCUCCAGCUCCUGGAUGAAGUACUUCACACCAUGCCCAUUGCAGACCCACAGCCCUUAGACUGAGGUCUUUUACUGUCAGGGCCCUAACAUUGUCAGGAUGGUGGACUAUAAAAUGCAAUCCUGUUUAUUAUCUGAAGAUAUAUUUCACUUUUGUUCUGCUUUAUCUUUUCAUAAAGGGUUGAAAAAUGUGUUUGCUGCCUUGCUCCUAGCAGACAGAAACUGGAUUAAAACAAUUUUUUUUCCUAUUUAGAACUUUUCAGGCAUGGCUCAGAGCUUGAAGAUCAGGAAAAACGCAUUCUUACUAAAUCUUUACCAGUUGUGUAUGAAAGAGUCAUUCCAAUGCUGGAAAAUUUAGCCCUUUAAAAUGUCUUAGAGCCUUUUAUAUGCAGAACAUUGAUGUGUGUGUUAUUCUACAGAAUAAAUUCAAUACUGCUGAUUUUAAAGGCAGAGAAGUGCUCAAAGUUAAUUCACCUAUGUUAUUUUGUGUGCAAAUUGUUAUUGUUGGACAAACUUUACUCCAAAAUAUUGUGCCAUGUGGGUGAGUUAAUUUUACCAAGAGCAACUUUACUCUGUAUUUAACAAAUAAAAUAGUAAUGUAUUAUAACCUUUUAUCCAAAAUAUUUUUUGCAAGUUAAACUAGUGAGGUGAUUUCAAUUCAGAUUGUCUUGCAACUCAAUUUUCUUUUGACAAGGCAAAACACUAAUCUGAGUGUGUAUUAAGAAUUCUUUAAAAUUACUAGACAAAAAUGUCAUUUAAAAUUACAUUUGUUAUCCCUAUUGGAUGACUAUCAGGGAGUAUACUUUUCCCCUAUUAAGCAGUAGGUAUGUUCGUCUAUAUACUAGGCACAAGGUUGGCUACUUUGGCCUAGAAGAGGAAUUUCUUUUCCUUCAUUAAUUCAUAGGGAAAAGUUUUGUAUUUUUAAAAACACUAAAAGCAGUGUCACUCAACAUAGUAUUUCACUGUUCUGCAAAGGUGACAGUGCUUAAUCUAAAUGAAUAUUUUGGAAACUGGUAAAUUCUGUGUUAAAUACUGUGCAGAAUAAUGGAGACAUUACAUACAGUUCAUACUAGGUAGUUUGGAUAUUUUUGUACUUGAUUUGAUGUGUGACUUUUUUUUCAUAUACUGUUUAAAUCAUGUAUGUUAUGAUAUUGUUUAAAAUUCAGUUUUUGUAUCUUGGGGCAAGACUGCAAACUUUUUUAUACCUUUUGGUUAUUCUAAGCCCUUUGCCAUCAAUGAUCAUAUCAAUUGGCAGUGACUUUGUAUAGAGAAUUUAAGUAGAAAAGUUGCAGAUGUAUUGACUGUACCACAGACACAAUAUGUAUGCUUUUUACCUAGCUAGUAGCAUAAAUAAAACUGAAUCUCGACAUACAAAGUUGAAUUCUAGGUUUGAUUUUUAAAAUUUUUUUCUUUUGCACUUUUGAGUCCAAUCUCAGUGGCAAGACACCUUCUACUAAAUGGCAGGCAACAGCCAGUUCUAUUGGGCAGCUCUGGUUUUUCUCUCACACUCUACCAGGACUUUCCCAUGGAUAUUGUAUAUUACAUGUAGAGUUGGUUAUUUUUUGAAUUUUUAUUUUGCUGUAGCAAAAAUAAGCCUAGUUGUCUAUGUAAAAGAAGGUCUACGCGAUAAAUAUUGUGAAAUAUAUCAAGGAUUAUCUUUCAGAUGAUUUUUUGUUUGUGAAGGGUCCUUGUAAACUUACAACGACUAAAGUGUGUUACAGAUUUGAGCCAUAGAAGCACUUAUGCGUAAUAGUCCUUUUUAUAACAGCUGACAUGAACAAAGCUUUUUCUGCCUUGCUUAGAAGGUCUCCUUUAUAGGGCCAUCCUGUAGUUCUGCCACUGAGUUUGCUUAUUGCUGUGAUUGAAACAUAAAUUCUGAUCCAGGCUACGCAUCUUCUGUUUUUUAAAUAACUUCUCUACCAACUCAUUUGUACUUUUGAAUACUCAAGUACUUUCAGUGAAGACCUAAUUUUCAUCUGUAAAAGUUAAAUGAUUUAAGUUUUGUUGACAGAAGUAUAAAAAGAUACCUUCUUUAGAAAUUUUUAUCUUUAGGCCUGUUUUACUGUGAAAGAAAAAUAGGAAUGAGAGGAGAGAGUCUUAUAAUGAGAAUUUUAAGAAUCCAGAUUAUUUGAUUAGAACCCUAACCAUGCAAUGGUACCAUCCAUUACCUCCUUUUCUACUUUAAGGAAGGUUUUCAUGUUUAUUCACCUGCUGGAAGUAUAUAGAAAGUAUUUGCUAAGAAAUAUCUCUUUAUAGCCAAACCACCAGUCUUGGUUUCUUUCUACUAAGAGCCAUAAAAUAUAGAAGUUUUUCUAGUUAUUAGUUGUUACAUUACCUAGAUUGAGGCAUGAGCUUUUGAGAAAACACCUAUGUUAUGAUCAGCUGUUUCUCACAGCUUGGUUAUUAAACUGUGUUUCUAUUUCUUAGAUGUGGUCACCUUUGAUAAGACAAAAAAAGUUUCCCCAGGUUUAAAAUUUUUUGUGUGCUUUGAGGAUAAAAUAGUUUCCACAGUUCUCAGAAAUUGAUUAUUGUCAGGAUAUGGUUCUGGGUAGGUUUUCUUUAAUUCAUAUCUCAAAGACUCUCUGAAUGUUGAAUUUCAGUGAAAGCGGAACGAGAGGGGAAUCAAGUACAGCCAGUAUGAGACCCAUUCCACUUUUGCCGGUGCCUUUCAUGAAGUGUAUUAUCAAAGGGAAUCCUUAAUGGUAUUGCCUUUAUUUUCCAGGGAGUGAUUCUUUUUUGGGAUAUAAUUUAUCUUGUUUUUUAUAGUUUGCUGCCCUGGUAUACAGAGAUAAUGAUAAUCACUGCCAUUCAGUCUUGUUUUUCCAGAAACAUAGCUCCUUUAUAAUGCCCUAGACAUUGAAUAGGUCCCCUGUCCCAUUCCUCCUGCGAAAAGUACAAGUUAAUAGGUUUGAUGAUCCAGCUUAAGGUUAACCAUUCUUGAAACAUCCAGGUAAACAACACAUCUUAACUGUGUUAUAUAUCGAAGUUUAAAAUGUCCUUUCUUCUAGAUGAGAAAUCAUCCAAUUUUAAGUUUAUUGCUAAUUGCAGGAAAGUAAUUGCAGGUAUCUUUUUGACUGUGGCCAUCUGGGAAAGAAAAAUUUUACAUGGUCUUUAAGUAUCCGUGGAGGCUGAAGACUAGAAAGUGAAAUGUUUCUGCUCUGUUUUGAUGGGCACUGACCGUCAGUUGCUCUCUAAUGAUUUGAUGCCAAGUCAGGUUAGUUCAGACUUUUUUUGAAAGCCUUUGGAAGAAGCAAUUUUUUCUUCUGAGAGAGGCCGAAUUCUUUACGUUGAUCAUUUCUGUAGUUCUCUUUAUCAUUGUCAUUGUAUUCAAUGAUAGCGGAUGGGGAUAAUAGUGAAUUUAGGUUACCGAGGUACUGAGUGUAUGAAAGCAUAUUGCAUAUAAAGUCUGUUAACUCUUUCAGAGGUGGAGUUUGCCCGAGACUAACAGAUAACUGGGAAGAAAUGCUUCUUUCUCCCCCUAAAGGCAGAACCUGUUUCAUUGCAGAUGACUAAAUCCUCCUUGGCAAGAUUCUGGGAAAUAAGCUAUGAGAACAUUUGCAGUCUCUACCAUUUUUCCCCUGGUUGAAUAGAUAAUUUUUGUUCUAAUAUACCAGGAAGGAAGUAAAAAGUCAGCGGCCUUAUUCCUAGCUUUGGUUUCAGUGCUGUUAAGUGGUUUAUCUUGUUUUAUCUGGCGUCAAGGUGGAUUAAAAAUUUACACAUAAUCAAAACUUGCCUUAUUUAAGCGGUAAAACUUUUUUCCAGCCAUUUUUGAUUGAGUUACUGAAUUUGUAUACCUGGAUUUGCUGUUUUUUUUUUUUUUUUUUUUUUUGACAGGCAGAGUUAGAGAAAGAUCUUCCCUUUUUUUUUCGUUGGUUCACCCCCCAAAUGGCUGCUAUGGCCGGCGCACUGCGCUGAUCCGAAGCCAGGAGCCAAGUGCUUCCUCCUGGUCUCCCACGCGGGUGCAGGGCCCAAGCACCUGGGCCCUCCUCCACUGCCUUCCCAGACCACAGCAGAGAGCUGGACUGGAAGAGGAGCAACCGGGACAGAAUCCGGCGCCCCAACCGCGACUAGAACCCGGAGGAUUAGCCAAGUGAACCACAGCGCUGGUCGAAUUUUUAGUCUUUUUAACUCCUUUUCUGCCCCUGAACUUUUUCCUUCUCAGCAGCUGCUCCAUCACGUUUUCCUUUUCUUUAGUAUUCUCUUCUUACUUUUCUAUUUCUACUUGGGCAAGGAAACCAGAUAACCAAACUUACUAGAACCUUUUCUAAAAACACAGUACAAGCUGUGGUGCAGGACCCAAAUGCUUUUCUAUAAAGUAUUGAAAAGGACUUCAGUGUACUGGCAUUCAACAUUGCAUGGAAUGUUUCCUGGUUCUUGCUGGAUUUCAGGUAGUUGAGGUAAAGAGAAGUAAGUCAUAUUCCUAUUUUUCCACUUUAGAGCAAGGCUUGGAAAGGUUGCAUUGCCUCCACUUCAGUGCUGAUAAUACAGAAACUGGUGUUGCAGGGGUUCCUACAUUAGCAUCAGUAGCCUAAAGGACACCAGCAAACACACACACAACACACAGAAACACAGAACAAACCUUGGGAAAUGGAAGAGCCAUUUUUGUUUCGUUUUGGUGUCCCCUUUUCAGCUGCAUCUUCUGGCCUUCAUCCUCUAUAGAUACUUUGACCUUUAGGUGCCUUUAUGGGAAUUGAGGGUCUGAUAUCCUGCCCCAAGGAAUAGCUAAAGUUACUGCUGAUGUUUUCAGGGAUUUUCACAUCAGACUUGAAUGGAUGAGUGAAGCUCUUUACCUUUUCUUAAAUGUGGGAAGGACUGAAGACAUUCGGUGAAGACAAUCAUUUCUCUCCAUUGAUGUGGAUGGUUUUCACACAAUUUAUUUAGGAUGCUCUCACACUAGCUCUAGAGCCAGUAUUCUGGAUCUGAUUAAAGGCUCUGGGUUAGACCAGACAGUUGCUCUGCCACUAAUUUGAUGUGUGACCUUGGGCAAGUCAUUCACUGUCUCUGGGCCUCAGUUGCCUCAUCUGUAAAAUGAGGGGAGUUGGACUAGAUUUGUUCUUCCAGCUCUGAAUUCCAAGUGACCUUGCCUACCUCACAGCAGUUUGGGUUUCUUCCUUACCUUUGCUCUGCUGUUGGAGGGGGCUUUUUUCUUAUUUCUGUGUUAUUUUAAAUGAGACUAGGCUUGAUAUUUUAUUACUGUUCUCCGAUGGACAAGAAGUUACAUAAUAUGACCUUAUGACUUAAUUUUAACCAAAGGCCAGCACACCAUAGGGACUGCAAUAAACACUUUACACAAAACAAAAAUCUGAGAAGAGGGGUGGGGAAAGCCUUCAUUUACUUUUUCCAUCAUCUCUGUUCAAAGUUUUUAAAGGUUUUGAGUCAUGACAUUCCAGCUUUCACAUUGGCAUGUGUGACACCAUCCUCUUAAGUGCUGUGUGCUGGCAAUUUUUUGUUUUUGUUUUUCAACUAAAAUGGAUGGAAAACCUAUUAUCAAUGCCUAAUGAUAUUAGAGAUCAUUAUUUUGAGUCUUUGGUUUCUUAACUCAUAUGUGCUCAAAACAGGGAGAUUGUUCUGAACUGCAUCAAUUAAAAUGGUUUACUUGUAUAUGACUCAAGAAAACAAUACCAGUGUAUGAUUACUCACUUUAUUUUUGGCUCUUUUGAUUAGAUAACUUCUGGCUGGAUCAUUCCUUUCAGAAUUGUCUUCCAGCCUGUCCUUGGAUGAGUAGAAUCAGUGGACUUGGCUUUUUCAAGGACCUGGGGAACCUUCUUAAGGGGAAGGGUGGGGUGGGGACUGGGGAGUCCUGGUAGAGGCCAGCUCUGUGGAAGCUGGAGAGGAAGGAAUGAAACCAGCUGCUGUUGCUGAGGCUGCUUGUCACUGAUAGAAGGACUCAUGGGCUUGGAUUGGUUAAAAAGGCUAAACACAGAGUUGGCAGACUUCCUCCAAAUACUGGCUUCUGUUCAAUGCAUUAGACAUGUGAUUUAAGGGAAAAGUCUGAAUGGCUCUAGAUGAUGAAAACCUGGUGGGCUGCAGAGUCCAGUUUGGAAGAAGUGACUGAGGUGGUGGGGACAGAUUUGGUGGUAGUGUUUUCCAACUCCGUCUCCUCUUCUGAAGUCAGAGGAAUGCAGCUAUGCCAAAACCCAGAGAAGAGCCACUUGUUAGCUUCUGCUUUUGGGAAAACUGGUCAGCUGAAGCUCCCGUAGUUCCUUUGUGGCUUUCUGUAUACUUUUGCUUGGUUGAAGUCUGUGGCUAAAAAAUAGUUGAACCUUUCUUGAGAACUCUGUAACAAAGUAUGUUUUUGAUUAAAAGAGAAAGCCAACUAAA